CUCUAUUGGAUAAGAAAUAUGGCAAAACCAGAGCUGUGUUAUUUGUGUUUAGUUCUUGUUGUAGUAGAGAUUUGUUCACAACCUGCAGCAGCAGGUUCACUAGUGAAGUUUCUUCCAGGAUUUCAAGGACCCCAGCUUCCUUUUGAACUUGAAACUGGGUAUGUUGGAGUGGGUGAUUCAGAAGAUGUGCAAUUAUUCUACUAUUUUAUAAAGUCAGAGUUUGAACCAGAAUCCGACCCUCUUAUGCUUUGGAUCAGUGGAGGCCCUGGUUGCUCCGCUCUAUCCGGCCUUAUCUAUGAGAUUGGACCAAUAACUUUUGAGCCAGUGGAAUACAAUGGAAGUUUGCCUACAAGCAUACUGAACCCUUAUUCAUGGACAAUGGUGGCAAGCAUUAUUUUCAUAGACUUACCAGUGGGCACUGAAUUUUCAUACGCGAGAACUCCAGCAGCUCUACAGUCAUCUGAUUUACAAGCGAGUGAUCAUGCAUAUCAGUUCCUUCGCAAGGUGUCUGAACAUCAAAAGGAAAGAACUUUAUUUACUACCCCACUGUUUUAUGAGUAUUUAGCUGGUUGA